AUGAGGAGUGGAGAAGAAGCUUAUGGCAGCGAAGACGAAGCUUCCGGCGGAGGAGAAGUCAAGAUCCUUAUAGUAGAUCCAAGUUGUAAUAUGUCUGUUGGUUUUACUAUUCAGUCUUUGUUACCCGGUACAAACCGCAAUGGAAAAGCAUACAGAGGAGGAUCAUUUGAUUUUUCUAAAUGGAUUUUUGGUCUAAAGAUUUAUGACGGCGUCGUUGACGUCGUCAAAGUUAGUUCCUUUUCGGGUUUGAAAGAGUCGAAUCAUGUUGCCAACAAUCCCUCAAUCGAGCUAGGCCAAAGGAAUGCUGAUAAUGUUUUGGAUGCAAACUACGAGCGAAGUGCUAUGGCCCUAACAAAUAUGAUCCUCUGUUUAAAUGACAGAAUGCUGUGGCAUCUCCACUUAGUUAAUCAGGGACUACAAAAUUUAUCUAAAAAAAGGAGUGAAACAUUCUGUUUCUACGUUGUUUUUGAUCAUUUCGUUGACACAGUCUGCCAAUCUACAGCUUUAUAUGUUAAUACUGAAGACAAUGCUUCCACCUUGUCGGAGAAGAAGAUUUACAUCCAUCCUCCUAGUGCUCAGCGCAUAUUACUUCCAGAUGGUAGACAUGUGGCAUAUAAGGAGCAUGGUGUUCCUGCAGACAGAGCUAGAUUUUCAAUGAUUGUUCCACAUACAUUCCUUUCCUCCCGGCUGGCAGGAAUACCUGGAAUUAAGGAUUCACUACUAGAAGAAUUUGGAGUCCGCUUGUUAGCAUAUGAUCUUCCUGGUUUUGGUGAAAGUGAUCCUCAUCCAAGCCGUAAUCUUGAGUCGUCAGCAUUGGACAUGUCAUUCAUGGCAAAUGCUUUGGGUGUUGGUAACAAGUUCUGGGUGGUAGGAUACUCAAGUUCAAGUCUGCAUGCUUGGGCUGCUCUCAGAUACAUUCCUGAUAGACUUGCAGGUGCAGCAAUGUUUGCUCCAAUGGUCAAUCCAUAUGAUCCAUUGAUGACCAAGGGUGAGAAACAUGGAACUUGGGAGAAGUGGACACACAGAAGGAAGUUUAUGUACUUUCUCGCUCGAAGGUUUCCUAGAUUGCUUGCUUACUUCUACAGAAGAAGUUUUCUCUCUGGGAAGCAUGGCCAGAUUGAUAGGUGGCUUUCAUUGUCUCUGGGAAAGAGGGACAAAGCUUUGAUAGAGGACCCAAUUUAUGAAGAAUUUUGGCAGAGGGAUCUGGAAGAGUCGAUUCCACAGGGAAACACAAAGGCAUUUGUUGAGGAGGCUGCGCUGAUGGUGUCAAAUUGGGGUUUCAGCCUUGCAGACCUCAAAUUGCAAAAGAAGAAGCAAGAUAUAGGCAUCCUCCGUUGGCUCAAUUAUUUACUGAGAGCUCAGGAGGAAUAUACAGGUUUCUUUGGUCCAAUACACAUAUGGCAGGGAAUGGAAGACAUGGUUGUCCCCCCAUCAAUGACUGAUUUUGUUCACCGAAUUUUACCUGGGGCUGCUGUGCAUAAGCUCCCUUAUGAGGGUCAUUUUACUUAUAUCUACUUCUGUGAUGAAUGCCAUAGACAGAUAUUGACGACCCUUUUUGGUACUCCACAAGGCCCUCUCAGCAACACCAUAGAAAUAGAGAAACCGCAGCAUGAAGGUAACACAGAGGAACGGGAAGUCGAAACAUCAAAGUCUGAGAGUUAGUUGGAGAACAGGGAAAAGGUAAUCCACACCAUAGAUUGGGAUGUAUUUUACUCAAGAUAGUAAAAGUGAAUGUGUAUAGAUCAUAGGUUUGCUCUGCUACUCAUAGAGCAUUGAAAGAAUUAGAUCACUUUUUUUGUAUGAGCUUUUGGCUGAUUCUGGAGCAGACAUGGGAGGUUCAGUGGUUUGCCUGAAAGCUUUGGAGAUAUCAU